AUGCUGCUGCCGCUGCUGCGGAGUAGCUGCUUCCCUUCCUCCCCUCCCGGCGGCGGCGGCGGCGGCGGUGGCGGUGGCGGUGGCGGUGCGGACCGGGACGCGGGCAGCCCUCCGGCGACGCAGUUGCAGCGCGGAGUCCGCGGGCCGUCGUGGCCGUUCGAGUGGGUGAAGGACGUCGAGCCCGGGGUCGACCUUCGGUGUCAGGCCGAGCAGUCGCCUGGGCCCGGGCCCGGGGCCCGCAGCCGGGGGUCGGGCGACGGGCGGAGGGCCGCGCGCGAGCCGUAUGCGUGCAUGGAUCCCGGCGCCGCGCUGCACAGGCGGGCCGGGGGCGGCGGUGGCCUGGGCGCGGGCUCCCCGGCCUUGUCGGGUGGUCAAGGCCGUCGGAGGAAGCAGCCCCCCAGGCCGGCCGACUUCAAGCUGCAGGUCAUCAUCAUCGGUUCCCGCGGCGUGGGCAAGACCAGCCUGAUGGAGCGCUUCACCGACGACACCUUCUGCGAGGCCUGCAAGUCCACCGUGGGUGUUGACUUCAAAAUCAAGACAGUAGAGCUAAGAGGAAAGAAGAUUAGAUUACAGAUCUGGGACACAGCAGGUCAGGAGAGAUUCAACAGCAUUACCUCAGCUUAUUACAGAAGUGCCAAGGGGAUCAUCUUAGUGUACGAUAUCACUAAGAAGGAGACGUUUGAUGAUUUGCCAAAAUGGAUGAAGAUGAUUGAUAAGUAUGCUUCAGAAGAUGCAGAGCUUCUCUUAGUUGGGAAUAAGCUGGACUGUGAAACAGACAGAGAAAUCACCAGGCAGCAAGGAGAAAAGUUUGCACAGCAGAUAACUGGGAUGCGGUUCUGUGAAGCCAGUGCCAAGGACAACUUCAAUGUGGAUGAAAUAUUUCUGAAACUCGUCGAUGACAUUCUUAAAAAGAUGCCUCUGGAUAUUUUAAGGAACGAGUUGUCCAAUAGCAUUCUCUCAUUACAACCCGAGCCCGAGAUUCCACCAGAGCUGCCUCCACCGAGACCACACGUCCGAUGCUGUUGAUUUGCUACUUUGGAGACAAAGUGCAAAUACUUCCUAGGAAGGGGAGAAACAUUCUAUUCUGCACUACAAUCAUUUUGACAGUUUCCUUUCGCACUUUGUAAUCCAAGUCAGAGCUAUACACUAACUUGUAAAUAUGCAAAUAUGCAAUCUGGGUAAGUUUGGGUUAUAAAUUACCUAUUUCCCUCAAAAUUAUACUUCCUGUAUUGCCCCAGUGUCUAGUGUACACAUACUGGGAAACGUAGUACUUCUAAUAUGAAGAAUGGGAUUGAUGAGGUCUUCUUUCAUAACAUAAUUGUCCUUGUUUGUGAUACUCUGAGGACAGAAGAUAUUCUGCUAAGAGAAUGUGGUGCUUUGCUUACUGGUUAAAAGGAGGAUUAUAAAGUUAGAGAUUUUUUUUGUAAAAGAAGGCUUUUUCCUUAUAUACCAGACUUUUGACAGCUAUAGCAUCUUAAAGUAUUGGAGCGUUUCUGCCACCGAGCAGGGCUCCAUCCUUAGCCGCCUGUGAAGGUUAUUUAUUCAUGUUGGGUAACAAGAGGGUACUCCUAGCUAGUGGGAGGGUUUAACUUGCUUCUGAAGCUGCAGACUCUCCCGUGGGUGUCCUGAUGGGUGUGACCUGUCCCCUAAGGAAUGAUUCAUUGAGGAAAAGAAAGACCUGCUGUGCUGGGGAUAUAUAGCUCAGUGUCGGGGCAUUUACCCAGCAUGUGUGGGUCUCUGGGUUCACCCCCAGCAGCACAAAAAGAUUUUUAAAAGAGCAGUUUUGAAACUGUGGGGAAAGAUUUUAGUGCCACACUGCUGUCCUACACAAAUCCUAUUUAAAGGAGUUUUACAUCAUUGAAGAACAUACAUGUGUUUACCCUGAGCAUUCUGUCUCUUUGUAAUGAUGAAACUGUCCCCUUUAUGGUGAAGCUUACUCCUAUAAAGCCUAGACUGUGUUCCUUCUUUUUUGGGUCUGAUAAUGGAUUUGUGAACUUUUAUCUUUGGUAUAUCUUUUAUUAAACUGCACUGUUUUGUUUAGUCACGGUAAAUAAGUAAGUAUGUAUUUGAAUAACGGCGUGUUCUGUGUGUUGUGGUAUGAGGAGCAUCCUGGUCUUUCUACACUAAUGAAGUGCAAAUAAAAUUUUGUAUUUAUGAA